AUGGAAGUAUAUAUUCAAUUAAUAGGAUGGCAUAAAUUAGCAAUACCAUCAAGUUUACGAUUAUUCGUGAAUGGAAAUGUUACCCUUUUUAAUUGUGGUGAAAAUAGUCAAAGAUUUCUAAAUGAGCAUAAAUUACACCUAGUGAAAAUAAAAAAUAUAUUCUUUACAAAAAUUAAUCCUGAAACUAUUGGAGGUUUAAUAGGAUUAUUAUUAACAAUAGAUAAUAUAUCGGAUAAUUUGAUUAGUAUUUAUGGACCAAAACCAUUAGAAAGAAUCAUUGACAAUUUUACUUCCACUUUUGCAAAAUUGAAAAAUAUUAGAAUUAAAGUAUAUGAAAUUUCUAAUUAUAUAUCACCAAUUAUUUUAAAAGGAGACGUAAUAAUAACCCCAAUUAUGCUCAAUGAAAAGAAAACUCCUCUAAAUGCAAAUGUAAAUGUAUCAAAUAAUAUAAUUGACCAUGUAAAUACAAAUGAAAAUAAAAUUAUGAAAAAAGAUGAAUUCGUAGAAAAUUAUUUGAAUAACUUUAAAAAAAGGAAACUGAAUGAAAAUUAUGAAGAUGAAGAUCAAAAUGAAAAUGUGGCAAAAUAUGAAAAUAAACAUGAAGAAAAAAAUGAAAAUAAAACUUUAAGUGAAAACGAAUAUAAAAAAGAAAAUAAUAAUGUAGCAUUUAAUAGUAUUUGUUAUUUAAUUGAAUGUCCUGAAACUUUAGGAAAAUUUCAUCCAGAAAAAGCUAAAAGUUUAAAUAUUCCAUCUGGAAAAUAUUAUGGUAUAUUAAAAUCAGGAAAAUCUAUUACAAUAAAUAAUAAAAUAAUAAAACCUGAAGAUGUUUGUGACAAAAAUAUAGAUGGAAGAAAAUCAUUAAUUAUUGAUUUAUUAAAUGAUGAAGAUCUGGACUGUUUAAUUAAUGAAAUCACAAAUAAAAAAGAUUUUUAUUUAAAAAAUUUAGAGUACAUUUUUCAUCUAUCCUGUGAUAAAAUUACCAAUUGCAAAAAAUAUAAGGAUUUUUUUUUAAGUUUAAAAAAUGUAAAGAAUAUUAAAUGCAAUCAGUCUAAUAACUCAUUAAACGUAUGUCCUUUUAUUUCCUCUUCUUCCUUAAACAGCUUUCUUUCUACAUUAUUACCAAAUAUUUUUUUAAAGUAUAAACCUGAUACACCCACAUAUAAUUUGUCCUAUUUAUUUCCAAAUGAUAAAGAAAAAAAAAAUCAAGACAUGAUAGGAAAUUCCUAUGAAAAUGAAAAAGAUGAAAUAGAAAAUAUAAGUAUGUGCAAAAAUGAAAAUAUUAUACAAAAAAGCACUAUUUUAAAUAAUACAAGUGAAUUUUCAAACAAAAAAAGUGAAAUAAUAGAUGAAGAAAAUAAUUCUUAUCUUUUAUAUAAUCCGUUAACAAAAUUUGUUUUACACCCUUUUCAUAAGAUAAACAUCUGCACUAAUGAGAUGUUAUCUGAUUUAUAUCCGAAUAUUUUUAAUUCCUCAAAAAUAUCAAAAGUUUUAAAAGAAAAUGAAGACCUAAUAAAAACAUUUGAAGAUUUUAAUAAAACAAAAUUAUCUAAUUUUUCUGAAGUACCUUCUUUUUAUUUUCUUGGUACUGGAUGUUCAAUGCCUUCUACUUUUCGUAAUGUAUCUGGUAUAAUUUUAAAUCUUCAAAAAAAUUUUAGUAUUGUUUUAGAUUUUGGAGAAGGUUCUUUAUACCAGCUAUAUUGGAUGAGCAAAUCAUGGGCUCAUUUUUCUGAAAUUAUUAAAUCAAUCAAGGUUAUAUUUAUUUCACAUUCUCAUGCAGAUCAUCAUGCAGGUCUUUAUUAUUUAUUAUAUAUAAGGAAGAUAUUUUUUCCUAAUUUAGAUUACCCAACAGUAUUAAUUCCAAUAACUUUAAAAAGUUGGAUAAAUUUAUUAAACGAGCUUUUUUUUGAUAUACCGUUAAAAGUUUUAUAUAAUUCAGAAAAUUUAGAAAUAAAAGUAAAAUGUGAAGAAAAUUUUUUAAACCUAAAUCUUUUUAAGGUUAAUCAUAUUAAUGAAUCUUAUGGUGUAAAAAUUGAACACAAAGAUAUUGGCUCAAUUGUAUAUUCAGCUGAUACACGACCAUGUAAUAACAUCAAGAAAUUCUCUAAAGGUUGUGAUAUUUUAAUUCAUGAAGCCACAUUUGAUGAUGAAUUGUUAAAUGAAGCUAUUCAAAAAAAGCAUUCAACUACACACGAAGCAAUGCAAAUAAGUUUGGAAGUUAAAUGUAAAACAUUAAUAUUAACACAUUUUAGCCAAAGAUAUCCAAAGGUCCCCAAAUUAAAUAAGCAAUCUUCCACUGAAUUUAAUGAAAUUAUUAAUAAAACAAUUUAUAGCUUCGAUUAUAUGUGUAUUCCUUUAAAUUUAAUAAAUGAACUGCCUUAUUAUUUUAAUAUUUUAUUAAAUUUAUUAGAAAAAAUAUUUUAA